AUGAAAAAAAACAAUAAUAUUAACACAAAAAAACAUAAUUUUGUAUGUUACUGCUCGUAUAUUAUAUACAAAUAUUUGAUUAAACCCACAUCUAAGAUCAAAGUUUAUAAAAAUAGUCAUGACUGA